UUUAAUAGGCAUCAAUUAGAUAACGCAGCUAUCACGACAAAUUCAUUCAGAAGAUAACACAACUGCCAUGUACCAAUCACGCUGAUAAAACUGUCUCACAAACCUAGCAACAAAAUUUGAAGCAGUACUUUCAUCAUUUGAAGCUCACAGAAGUACACGUGUUGGACAGAAUGUAGUCCAACUGCCAGACAACUUUUGACAAUUUAUACAAAACUUGUGACCUGCAUCUCGACAUUAGCUAGUUACUCUCUUUCAAGAUUUCAACGUGUUCUAGAAGAAAACUAUGUGAUCGGUUUAUAUGGAGGAGACGUUCCUGAGAAUGGUCAUAGUUCUGCACCCUUGCUGCUUGGAUGGAGGUUUUGGGAUCUACGAGGGAUAGGAUGACUCUAAAUUAAAGAAUUCCAUGCAAACCAUCCGUUUUAUGAUAUUCAUAAGAAGCAAGAAAAAAUUGCAUACAACAUAAAAAAUAAAUAGAAAAAUAGGAGAAGAAGUCCAACGAGAUAACUUAUUGAUGUGAACUGUUAAUUUGAAUUUGAAAAGUGAUUAAAGAAGAAUCCAUCCAGGAUGAUUCAGAAAGGAUUAUUUAAUAAUCGUGUCCUGAGACAGUAUACUGCGGGAUUCAUAUGUUCCCUAUCGGUGAUGGCAAUCGGCUGCAGUAUAGGUUGGACCUCACCUGCCAUCCCUAAGCUGCGCAGUGGUUCGACGCGCAUCCAGCUGAGUGACGUGGAAAUCACGUGGGUGGUGGCUGUCACAUACAUUGCCAACAUUAUCAGUCCGGUCCCAUCCGGGUGGCUCAUGGACAGGAUUGGUCGGAAACAUACCCUAAUCGCUUCAAAUGUGCUUACUAUAGGUUCUUGGUUUGUGCUGCUCUACGCCACAUGCCCUCUGCACCUCUACAUAGGCCGCUUCAUGGUGGGCCUCAUGUUCGGAGUUGGCUACACAGUGGUUCCAGUGUAUUUGGCCGAGAUCUCCGAGGCUCGAGUGCGAGGCUCAGUGAGCAGCCUCAUGUCUGUAAUGAUCUACGUUGGCACCAACCUCGAGUAUUGUGUGGGGCCGUAUGUGUCCUACGACACUCUCUGUAUGGUAUCAGUCACUGUUCCCAUACUAUUUGCCUGUACCUUCGCUUGGAUACCGGAGUCGCCUUACUAUUUCGUCAUUAAAGGUAACACAGAUGCAGCCAAAAAAAGCCUGAGCUGGUUGAGAUGUGAUAUGGGUCAACGGGAUAUGGAUGCUGAAUUCGAGAAGAUCAAAUCAACCACCGAGCUACAGAUGAAAGAUGGAGGAGGCAAAUUUAAAGACCUGAUCGCAACCAAAGGCAACCGUAGAGCUCUACUGAUAGCGGAGAUUCUGGCAAUCAUCCAGAGGUUUUCGGGAAUCGGUCCAUUGAUUGCCUACUCUUCAAUCACAAUUCCCGAGAAAUCGAUUCCCGGCAUCACGAGGAACGAGCAAAUGAUUGUCCUCGGAAUGACUUGGUUGUUCACUUCAAUUUUCGCCUCGUUUCUCAGCGAUAAACUGGGAAGAAAGGUCCUCCUAGCAAUCUCCUGUACAGGCUGUGGUAUAGCCUGUCUAUCAGCCAGCACCUGGUUCUACCUGCGAGAAAAAACCUCAACCGACGUCACAGAAGUCUCCUGGAUCCCUUUUGUGGCCUUCAUCUUCCACGCUCUCUUUUACUCCCUAGGGCUGGGCCCUAUUGCCCUCUCUAUCAAGGGAGAAAUGUUCCCUGCCAACGUUAAGGCCAAAGCUUCAGCUGUCACCACCAUGGUACUAGCUGUCAACUCAUUUUGGCUCAACAAAACAUAUCUCAUAAUUGCUGAUACGUUCGGAUUCUAUGUGAACUUUCUUAUCUAUGGUGUGACAAUGUUGUUGGCCUUGAUUUUCAUCUGGUUUUUCGUGGUGGAAACUAGGCGGAAAACUCUGCAAGAGAUACAGGAGAGGUUGGAGGGUGGGGGGAAGAGGAAGAAGGUAGAAGAGGAGAGGGUGAUUGAGAAGGUGGGGGAAAGUAGUGUUGUAAAUGAGAGGAGAUGAAAGAGAUUAAAGAUAAAGAUUUGAAGUUUUAUACGUACAAAAAAGAUAUACAUGUUUGAAGCUCAUUGAUUGAUUGAUUUAUCAAGAUUUAUCAGAAGAUACUGGAGAGAUUGGAUGAUGGGCGAAGAGGAAAAAGGUAAAAGAGGAGGAUGGAGAAGUUGAGGAAAGGUAUUGUUGGAAUGGGAGCAAAUGAAAAAGCUUAGAAAUAAAGAUUUGGAGUUUUAUACGUACUAGAAAGAGAAUGAUAUAGGAUACGUUUGUGGCUAGGGAGAGAAAGAAAUGAGUGGUUGAGGGGAAGAGUAGAUAUUGGAGGAGGAGAGGGGAAGAAUGAGGAGGUGAGGAAGGAUGAGGAGGAGAGGGAAAGGGUGAAGAAGAGACGGGAAUUAGGAGAAGGAGUUGAAGGUGAAAUUGGACGAAGAAAAAAAACAAGUAAAUAGGGAGAAAAGGAUAGGGUAAGAGGAAAUUAUAAGAGAGGGCCUAUAACGCAAUAAUCAAGAUUUGAAAAUUGUACUUUCCAGGUUGAUGUUCACAUGAGCCAUAGGCUUGUGCGUGAGUAAUAAGAAGAAUAUCAUGACAUGAAUGGACCCACUGUAUUUCUCUCUCAAUCCAAUCAGGAUACGAAAUUGAAAAAAUUGACAGUUUUAAACAUAAAUUAAGACUGAUUUUUUCAAGUUCAGGCAAACUUUAAUUGCUCCCCUGCAAAUUUGAGCAACUUUAUUGCGAGCUCGUGCAACUUUCUUGCAAGUUUGAGCAACUUUUUUGCUCGAACAAAAGAGAUUGAAGCAGCUUAAGCUGAUAUGUAAAUGAAAUGAAAGGAUUAUAAAGGAUAGAAUUUUUAGUUUAUUUAUUUCUGGACUGAAAAGUGGACUCAAAUCAAUUCAAGUGGAUAGCAUAACCUAUAAUUCUUUAUUCAUUCAUAACUCUACCUUCAUUGUAUUAUCAUUCAUCCCAUCAUCAUCAUCUAGGCUUAAAAUACUUCUAGAAAGUCGCCUUUGUAAAAAAAAAUUAAAAAAUAAGAUAGUCGGGACUCAUAAUAUGAGGACUGUUUUUGCGAAUUCAUUUGGGAUUCCUCCAAGUUGUUGGGAAUCAUAUGAGAAGUUAUUUCUGCUCAUGUGAAAGCUUUCUAUUUAAAAUCAGACGGUUUUCUGUUCUAGUUGUUGUUUUUAGUGAACUGUUAUUUAUGUGAUGGCAUCACAUCCAAGUUUUGUUCAUGAUAGCCUACCUGCUCAAAAUUUCACACUUUAUGUAAAUCAGUCCAUAAAAUCCAAAGAAAACUCAAUAAACUAGUAGUUCUGUGAACAGUAAACCUCACGCAGUAUCCUCAUCCACAAGUACCUGAUUGAAACUAUAGACCUUAUGGAAAUACAGCAAUAGACUGGCUUCUCCACACAUCUGUGUAAUCACUUGUCUGCUGAUUUAUGAUGAAUAAUUCUAUAGUCUGAUUUUUACUCCAAUAUUGGCGUGCGAAGGAGGCUCCUUUUUCCUUUUAUAUUAUCCUUGAAAUGAAAAAUUUCCAAAAAAAAACCUUGUAUAUACGUCGACGCGCAAUUAAAAAAGGAACAUACUUGUCAAAUUUCAUGAAAAUCUAUUACCGCGUUUCGCCGUAAAUGCGCAACAUAAAAACAUAGAAACAUUUAAACAUUAAGAGAAAUGCCACACCGUCGACUUGAAUCUUAGACCUCACUUCGCUCGGUCAACUAAUAACUUCAGUGGCAAGGAUAUAGAAAGGGGAGCUCUUUAUUGUUUUCGUCACUCUGCUCAGAUGCACUCAUUUUCACAUUCGUUCAAAAUCUAACUGAAAUAAACUUCAAUAUAUAACAACCAAACUUCGUUAAAUCUAUAUUAAUAUGAAGAUUUUGAAGUUGAGUAGUAGCCUAAUGAAGAUUUUUUAUUUUCAUGAAUUGGACUUACUUAUUUGGAAAGUACGGUCUCACAAAAUGUCAAAUCGUAUCUUUUGAUAUUAAAAUUAUUCUAAGAUGGGUUCCAAACUACGAUAACGGAAAAACUGUUCUUAAUCUAUUAUUGAAUGAAAAAGACUAAGAAAUUGUCAAAAACCACAGAGUUAUUGAUACUUAGAAAGACCGGUUUCGGUUAUUACACCAUUGUCAAUCUCUGAUAAACCAGGGCGUCAAAUCCUGAUAAACCAGAGAUUGACAAUGGUGUAAUCACCGAAACUGGUCUUUCUAAGUAUCAAUAACUCUGUGGUUCUUGACAAUUUCUUAGUCUUUUUCAUUCAAUAUGAAUAAUUACCACAAUAUCAACUGCACAAUUACACAAAAAAAGACUUAAUCUAUUAUCAUCAACUUUGAAUGGGAUAGAAUUAUCGAGGAGUGCGAACUCACUAUAAUGGGCGUCAAAUCCGCAAUAUUACAAU